CARCAUCUCUGAGAGACAUGUUGGAAGCGAUGUUAUGAAAAAGCUUGAAAAUGCAGCUGAGCAAGCACAGCGCUUUAWUAAAGAGGUUGAACAGGCUAUCGAGAAGAGAAAAUCGACUCUCGCUAUUCUCAGAGAUAUAGCUGACGAGCUUGACAGCACGACAAAAAGUGUGGACAUUGCUAGAGUAGCUGGUUCUUCAGUUGCAGUGGUAGGGGGAGCUACGGCAAUAGCCGGAGGAAUCCUUAGUAUAUUUACACUUGGACUCGCAAGUCCGCUGAUCGGUGCUGGAGUUAUGGCUGCCGUUACUGGUGGGGUCACUGCAGGAGGGGCUGAGAUAGCUAAGGCUGUCAUUUCGAAAGACAAGAUGAAGAAGGCGCAAGAGGUUCUGGAUGAAGAUAAAAAAGCAAUGACCAAAGCUGACGAGGAAUAUGAUAAAACAAAGGAUCUUGCUGAAAAAAUCAGUAAAUGCUGCCCUCAACUUGGUUCUCCAGAACAAAUUAUCUGCCGUUUAAUUGUUARCAAUAAGGUCAAAAUAAGCUUGCAAGGGGACAACCCARCCUACCGUCUUGCUGGAUCAUCUGUUGCCCGUUUGGCAUUGGUUGUWACAUCUCUCACUCUGGCAAAAAUCGCAAGUAAAGAUGCUAGUAAACUUGUUGUAGAAAUUGGUCCGAAAUUGAUGCCCAGCCUUCUCCCUAGACUAACGAUCGUUGUCACGAAGGGUGCAGUCGGAACGGCUGGACGAAGUGUAGCAAAAAGCGUUUUGCGGGGAGCCACUGCCAUAGCAAUGCCUGUUAUGCUUGCCUUUGACAUUUACGAGCUGGUAAAUGCAUCAAUGAGUAUCAACAAUGGGUCCAAAUCAGAUGCAGCUCAAACGAUUCGGGAUAUAGCAGGAGAACUUGAAAGACAACUUGAAGAUACGAAGAACCUUUUCGCUGAGGGAUCGUCGAUUGCGGCAGGCCUUGAGAAAAUUCCUAAAGAGGAGUUUACAAAGCUCAUGGAGAAGAUUACCAGUGAAGAUGGAGUCAGUGAUGAAGACAUUGACAUGGUGUUUCACUACUUGUAGAUCAAUGACCAAGUAAAAUUAAGCAGUUGUGAGUCUGCGUUAGAUCUCAUGGGAGAGCGUUUGC